AGUUUACUCUUUGUUAAACAUUAAAGAGCAAAAGCAGAGAGAAGGGGGCGUUUGUCAUCAUCGUGUUCUAAAAUUCGAUUUCUUCAGACAUGGCAAUGGCGAAUUUGGCCAGAAAAAAGGCCAUCAAUCUCUUCAACAACACUGUCAUCUCUUCAGGUGCACUCAGGUAUUCAUAUUCUCUUUCAUCUACGUUCUCUAGAGGAUUCGCGUCGGGAUCUGAUGAGAACGAUGUCGUCGUCAUCGGCGGCGGUCCUGGUGGAUACGUGGCGGCGAUCAAGGCUGCUCAGCUAGGGCUCAAAACUACUUGUAUCGAGAAGCGCGGCGCUCUCGGUGGUACCUGCCUCAACGUUGGUUGCAUCCCUUCUAAGGCACUUCUUCAUUCAUCUCACAUGUACCACGAGGCCAAAACAAGCUUCGCCAAACACGGUGUAAAGUUGGAUAAUGUAGAAAUCGAUCUUGCAGCCAUGAUGGGCCAAAAAGAUAAAGCCAUAUCAACUCUCACAAAAGGCAUCGAAGGCCUUUUCAAGAAAAACAAAGUAACAUACGUAAAAGGACACGGGAAAUUCCUCUCCCCUUCGGAAAUUUCCGUGGAUACCCUCGAGGGCGGGACCACAGUGGUGAAAGGCAAAAACAUUAUAAUCGCCACCGGAUCCGAUGUCAAAGGACUCCCCGGAAUCACAAUUGAUGAAAAACGAAUCGUGUCAUCCACCGGAGCUUUAUCUUUGACCGAAAUCCCAAAAAAGUUGACCGUCAUCGGGGCGGGAUACAUCGGGUUGGAAAUGGGGUCGGUGUGGGCCCGCCUCGGGUCGGAAGUCACAGUGGUCGAAUUUGCCCCCGCUAUCGUUCCAUCAAUGGAUGGAGAGAUCCGGAAGCAAUUUCAAAGGUCUUUAGAGAAACAAAAGAUGAAAUUUAUGCUCAAUACUAAAGUGGUGGCGGUUGACACCACCACGGAUGUUGUGAAAUUGACACUCGAACCGUCGUCGGGCGGUGAUCAAUCGGUUCUUGAAGCGGAUGUGGUUCUUGUAUCCGCGGGUCGGAACCCGUUUACAUCCGGGCUCGGUUUGGAGACAAUUGGUGUUGAGACUGAUAAAAUCGGGAGAAUCCCGGUUGAUGAAAGAUUCGCGACGAAUGUAAACGGUGUUUUGCGAUUGGUGAUGUGA